AUGGAGCUAGGAAAUCGUCUCGACACAUGCGCCGGAACAUUGGAUUUAUCCGGCCUUGCGCUCAACAGCGAUAUCAAAGGACUCGCUGAGGUCCUCAAGACAAAACCAGUCACUCAUCUUGUGCUCGCCGACUGCUUGCUAGAUCCAUCCGCCGCGGAGAAGCUCUUCAAUGUUCUUUCUGGACUUUCGGUUCUUGACGUGAGGGGAAACGAUCUUCGGGGCAAAUCAGUUUCUGCUUUGGCAGGGCUCGUCCGAAAAUGCACGACGUUGCACACAAUCAUCAUGGAAUGGAACUCGCUUGGUAAUUGCGAGUUCGAAUUUGAAGAGCUCUGCAACGCAAUCACCAACAGUAGAACAAACCCGCCGAUUAGAUGCCUUGAUUUGCGAUGGAAUAGAAUCGGUGCUUCGGGCGGCAGAGAAAUUGUAGACGCAAUCAAACACAACAGUACAAUCGAGGAGCUAUUGCUGGAAGGAAAUGGUCUGUCGAAAGACUUGGUUGACUCGAUCAGAGUGAUUUGCGAGCGAAACAGGUGUCACUCAGAAGCAGUUCUCCGGGGGCACAAAGAAGCCUCAUUCCUUCUCAAUGAGCUCGAAAUGACAAAAAAUAUGGCAAUGUCGGAGACGCAAAAGCUCGAGGGUCAGCUGAGUAUUGGCCGAAGAGAGAAAACGAAGAUAGAGGGUGAUCUGUGGGACACAAAGGAGAUUCUCAUCCAGCUUCGUUCAAAACUCGAGAUCGCCGAAAGCCAGCUCAUCGAAAAAGAUGCUCUUUUAGCACAAGCGGCCGAAGAAAUGCGACUUUACCGGCAAGAAUCAAAAGAAAUUGCUCAGAAGCAGCAAGUCGAGAUUGACGACCUAAAACAGAGAGGCAGGAUGGCCACAGAGGAAGCGAAUCAUGAAAAGGAUUUGCUCAAGAAAAAGCUGUUAGAGACAGAGGCAGAGAGAGAUAAUGCUGUGAGGGAUGCGAGAAGCUUCAAAUUGGAAAUUGAAAAUCUUCAUAAAAACAUCGAGAGUGAGCGCCGAAAUGCAACGGAGACUCGCGAAAACGACGAAAUGCACUUUCAGCGUAAUCUCAAUCGCGCAAACGAAAACGUAGAGCGAGAGCGUGCAGCGAAACGCGCAAAUGAAGAGGAGUGCGUCUCACUUCGCCAGCAACUCGCCGAACUCACCCUUGCGCACCGUCAGUACCAGGAGGAAUCGACUACUGCGCGAAAAGAAAUGGAGUUCAAUCUCAAGCAGCAAAGAGACGGAGGUAUCAAACAAGUUGAGACUGUACUGGAAAAGGAGAGAUCCCAACGAAUCGCCUCUGAUCGCGCCCUCGACGCUUCCAGAACACAGAUUGAAGAUCUUCAAACGCGAAUGAAAUGCAACGAAGAUUCGCGUGAUCGCCUAACGAGUCAACUGAGGACGACAGAGAACUCGAUCGAGCCCACCAAAAAGGCGCUAGAAAAAGCAAACGCACAACUUGUUGAAAUGAAAGAAGACCACCUAAAUGCGAUCACUGCUGUUCGCGCGGAAGCCGAUAAGCUCAGUGUCGAUCCAAAAUUUUGUUCAGAAAUGUCAUGUUCUGUUGUUGUCGAAUCGCUUCGUGCGUCAAAAUUACCCGCUGAGGGAUUCGAUGAAUUAGGCUUUGCUCUCCGAGAUGGGGCAAAAACAUAUUUCCUCGAUCAAGUUCCCCAGACUCAGCGUUGGAUUCGAUUCCUCGAGCAUACUCUUGGCUCCUCCUGGAAUCAACACACCGAUCCCCUCGAGUCUUCCGCUCAUUUAGAUCAAUUACUAUGCGAGGGUGUUCCAUUUGGCCUGCACGGCUUUAUCUACCCGAUUCUGUGUAAUGUUUCGUCGAUGAAGGCGGGGUCAAAGCUUUCUUAUGUUGAGUUGGUGGAGAACUCGGGCCCAAGCGAUCGUGCUAUUGAGAAAGAUUUGCUUCGAGCGCUUCCUGACAAUUAUUACUUUCGAAAACUGCAAGAUCGAGGAGUUCAGUCCCUCCGCCGAGUCCUCAACGCCAUUCGCCUACAUUUACCUCACUAUGGCUACUGCCAGGGAAUGGGUAUGCUCGUCGGCUACCUUCUAUUGAUCUUAGAAGAAGAGGAAGCCUUUUGGGUGACCGUCCACAUCCUCUCAAACAUUCUCCCUGAAAAGUAUUAUAGCGAAGAGCUCACAGGCCUCCGAGUCGAGCAAAAACUUCUCCGCAAGCUCGUCAAGCAGAAGCUUCCACUUACUGACGAGUUCUUGAACGAGCGAGAUGUCGACAUUACGCUGGUAUCAAUCAAUUGGCUGGUGACCUUAUUUGCCGGCGUGUUGCCGCCAGUAAUGGUCUAUCGAGUCUGGGAUGUGAUGUUGUACAGGGGCUUCUCAGCAAUUCACUCAAUGUCGCUUUUUCUUCUGAGGCAUUACGAAGAUGACUUGAUCGCCAUGCCUUUUUCCAGUGACGGGUUCAAGUUCCUUGCAAGUCUUCCCCAAAGAAUCCGCAAAGACGAACUCUUCAUCGAUUUCGACUGCAUAAAAUUAAAAACUGAGACUCUCGCCCAUUACCGGAAGAAAAUAACGGCUAAGGCUCGCCAAGCUCCGGUAAAGAAAAUCAUCAUUGAGCUAAAGGAAGAUGAUCUCAAUCCUGUUGAGCAAAACUUCACGCAUCUCUCGCCGCAUCUCAAGCAAGCUGAAGUUGUUUUAUCAAUCCGCGCCGCUGUUGACGCCAUUUGCCGGCACUUUGAUAAGCAGCUUAACGAUUUUCUUGAUUACAACAGGGAACGAUCUCGGAGCUCAGCCAAGGAAAUGGUGGUUCGAGCAAAGGUGCUCGAAGACUUUGAGGACUUAGACACUGGUGAAGUGAGAGCGCUGACUGAUGAGAUAAUUGAAAUCUGUGAUCAAAGUGAUGAAAAAUAUUGGCUGGAUAUGGACGAUGAAUUCGCGAAAUUUAUGUCAGAAGUUUCUGACAUCCCGGCUGCUGCCCCAGAGCCGGCCCCAGUUGCUCCCCGAAAGCGGGGGUUGCCAGCGGCAUAUGCAAAUAGGACAAAUAUGUUUUCCUCGUUGAAGCCCAAAGUUCAAAAGAUAGAGCUCGAUCCAGCGACGAUUCCACAAGAUACGCACUUAGCUAAUGCAACGAUUAGUGCAGCACCGGUUAAAAAUGAAUGGGUUGCUCCAUUCAUGAGGAAAAACGAAGAUACUGGACCUAGGAAAAUUGGUCUGGAGAAGGUUAAUGUGACGCCGUUCUUUGGAAAUGAGAAGCAAGCGUUUUCUUUGAAGAAGGAAGCCGCAGUUGAGAGCGCUCCAAAAUCUUAUGCAAUCAAACAAGAAGAGCAAGAAGCAAAAAUUCAGCACAUGAGCGACAAAGACCUCAAAGCGAAGUUGGAAAUGCAGCCGACUAGUGCAUUCUCAGUUGGACCCAAAAAGCCAGAAGAUAAAAAGAAAGUAAAGAAAGAAAAAUCUGAUAAAAAUAAUGAGUCCGGUCAAAAACCAGCAUUCGUUGGAAUGGAUAAGAAACUAGAAGCCAGAGGUAAAAAGUUCAUCCGCUGCGCAGCUGGAGAAAAAUGGGAGGACCACACUCUCGGAGAGUGGGAUGCUGCUGAUUACAGAAUAUUCGCUGGAGAUCUUGGCAACGAAGUUACUGAUGAUGUGCUCGCCAGAGCGUUCAACAAGUAUCCUUCAUUCUUAAAAGCAAAAGUUAUUCGUGAAAAAGGUCCAAAAAUGGGCAAAUCAAAAGGAUAUGGGUUCAUUUCCUUCCGCGACCCAGAAGACUUCAUCAAAGCGAUGCGAGAGAUGAACGGAAAAUACGUUGGCAAUCGACCAAUCAAGCUCAGAAAAUCAACAUGGAAGGAUAGACAAGUCGAAGUGGUCAAAAAGAAAAACAAGGAGAAGAAAAAACUCGGCUAUCGAGUUUGA